GCGAUGGUGACGCGGUGUGGCGUGAGGAGGCGGCAUCGAUGACACGCGCAUUCGCACACGCAUGUACCGAGAGACAGAGAGAAAGAAGAGUGAGCAGACACGGAGCGGGCAAUUUUACCGGCUGCCGACAAACCUGGGGCUCCGUGGGAGAAGAUGAAGGGAGAGCCGAGCGGAGGGGAAGACACCCGACUCCUGUCCCGAGCGAUGGGCGCGCGCAAGGUUGUCCUGGUAACGGGAGCCAACAGUGGCAUAGGUCUGGCUCUUUGUGAACGCCUUCUAUCUGAAGAUAACCAGAUACACCUGUGUAUGGCAUGUCGCAACAUGCAGAAAGCUGAAGCUGCUAAGUCUGAACUUCUCUUGACCCAUCCUGGAGCUGAUAUUAGCCUUUUGAAAGUAGAUGUUGGGAAUAUUAACUCAGUUAUUAAAGCAGCAAAAGAAAUAAAGCAAAGGUAUCAGCAUGUAGAUUAUCUCUACCUAAAUGCCGGAAUUAUGCCAAAUCCUCAUUUCAACUUGAAAGCCUUUCUGAGCAGCCUGUUAUCCAGAGAAAUUUUCACCGUGUUUCAAACGGGACAGGGAUUGCUCACCCAGGAAGAUUGGCUUACUGAUGAUGGACUACACCAAGUCUUUAUGACCAAUGUCUUUGGUCAUUUCUUACUGAUUCGCAACCUGGAGCCUUUACUCUGUCAAGCUGGCUGUGUGUCACAUGUAGUUUGGACAUCUUCUAGCAAUGCAAGGAAAUCUGCCUUCAGUCUGACAGACUACCAACAUAGUCAAGGCCAGGAAUCAUACAGUUCUUCUAAAUAUGCAACUGAUCUACUGAGUGUAUGUUUGAACAAGCACUAUAAUAACAAGGGUCUGUUUUCUAGUGUGGUCUGUCCAGGUCUUGUUCUGACUAAUUUGACCUAUGGUAUCUUUUCUCCUUUCUUCUGGACAUUAAUUACACCCAUUAUGUGGUUGAUUCGUGUAUUCAUAAAUUCGUUUACACUGAGCCCUUACAAUGGGACAGAGGCAUUGAUUUGGUUGUUCUCACAGAAGCCAGAGUCACUGGACCCAAUGAUGAAAUAUCUCAGCUGUACUUCUGGAUUUGGGAACAAUCACGUAACCCCAUGCAAGAUGGACAUCAGUGUUGAAACAGCUGAAACGUUUUAUCAAGAGUUGUUAAAGCUUGAGAUCAAGAUGAAAGAAAAGAAUAACAUUGCUGGUGACUGUCGUUAAAUACCAUAAUAUUCUCAGCAUUGCACACAACAAUUCCUAAUGGGAGCAAGUAAAACUUGGUUUAGUAAGAGUUGAUUUGAAAGUUUAGUCUUCAUACUACUUGAAUCUGUUUUGUGCUUGAUUCAAAACAAAUUCAGUAUUUUAACAAAACUUCAGGUUUACUUUCUUGUUAUCAAAUUUACCUCUGAAAUACCUACUGACAUUAUGGAAAGAAUUUUAACUGACUAGGGGAAAUGGAUUCUGGUGCCGGAUUAAAUCCCUAAAAAUGUGUUAACAUGUUGGAAAACCAACAUGAUUUUACUGCCUCGUUGAGACUUUUAUCAAGGUGUGUGGGAACCCUCAAUGGAGCUUAUGGGCCAGUCAUUUAAAUAUGUAAGUGUCCAAUUACUUAUAUCUUUAAUGCAGAAUUAUCAUUUUAAAAGUAAGUGCCCUGCUUAUAUGAAAGACUUGUGCCCACAGGACUUAUGCAUCAGCUUCUCACCCUUCACAAAGUGCUCCUUUUUCAGCAGAAAUGACAGUUGUUUAACUUACCGUACGAUGAUCUCACAAACUCAAGAUACAUGGGACACAUCACCACAUACAGCACCUAAUUGUAAUCCAGGAACAAAAACAAAGUUGCUGGAAAAGCCCAGCAGGUCUGGCAGCAUCUGUGAAGGAAAAAACAGAGUUCAUGUUUCGGGCCCAGUGAUCCUUCCUUGUGCAACUGAUAGGCCUUCAUCUUCUGCUUUCUGUAAGGAAUACAGUGACCUGUGGCUUCAGCAGAGGUGGAGGCAGGCUACCCACUCCCCACUCUAUUAUCUUUGGUGUCCAUGUUAGACAUCUGCUCGAUUUUAAGAACCCAUGACAAUUCCGUUAAAGACUACCAUGCCUGUGCCAAGGGAGUCUCUGCCAUUGGGGCAGAAAACAAUGUGGGAGUCUCUGGGGUGAGGCAAGUGGAUCUAGGGAUGAGAAGUGGGAGCUCCUUCUGAAGAGACUCCACUUCGAUUUGCCCUUUGCCUCCCUUCCCGCUCAUGGCCAACCUGCACUUUCAAAUUCAGGCCUCACUGGAGUGCAACAAUGUGAGAUUUUCCUUCACUCUGUGUAAAGUGACAGCUCGAUUCUGCAUGUAUUCAGUUAUCUGCUGUGCCUGAUGUCUGAUGUUUUGUAAAGGUGACCACUUUCCAUGGAUGAGAACAUCAGUACAGAUACGUGUGGUACAUUACACUCCGUGUAGAGAUGGACUCCUCUAAUCUCUCUCAAAGUGCACAGUGCCCUUGGAAGUGUAGCCACAGCCUCAUAUGUUUUCUGCUGCUGCUCCUACUCACGUUUUCUGCUCUUCAUCAUGUGUUAAUCAGACUAUCUCAGUGUCAUGUCUUACUGCAGUGUGCAUUUCUGCACUGGUGUAAAUUGUGCUCAAAUCAUGUGACAGUGCUCCCUCAUCAGCCCUAGGAGGUCUCUUCAGCCUCCUCCUCAAUCCUUGAAGGACCUGUGGGGGAGAUGAAAGAAACAAAUUAGAACUGAGAUAGUGAAAGAUUUUGUAGCCCAAAUUGUGCAGAUCUUGACAUCACAGUCAGUAGUCAGUAAGUUGUGACUGCAAUUCAAAAGGAGUGACUAUCAUGCACAAGUGGUAUUGUGAUAUCUAAUUUGGCCACCAAGUUUUUGAGAGAUUAGUCUCUGCCUUUCUUAAUGCCUUCUGUUACCCUAAUGUUUCCUCCUCUGCACCGGUUAAUGAGUUCUUUGGAGGUGUGACUGCAAGGAGUGAAAACAAACAGUGACACAUUUGAGAAAUGGGUUUGUGCAAGAUAACUAAAUAGUGUCCGUGAGGUGACACUGAGGUAUAGCUGUGUGUCAGUGCUGGUUAUUUUGAAGAGGAUACAAGACGUACCUCAAGAGAUAGGAAUGAGUAACAGCAAGAUACAAUGUUAGGCUACUUAACUUUCCUGCUGUUCUAAAGAGGCCUUUCUUGAGAGGCCACACACCUGCAAACCAAGGAUGACCUCUUCCUCCAGCACACAGGAACGACGCUUGUCUGCAGGUCCUCACAAUGUCCAGCUUUCAUUUUUCUUUUUGCAGGACCAUUCAGAUAGAGUGUUCCCCUUCUGACCCAGUGACACUGCCAGACCUGCUGGUUUUCUCAAACACUUUCUGCUUUUAGGUCAGCCCCUGACAAUAGACCUUAGGUGGUCUUUAAAUGCUCUUAAUUGGUGGCUAGCAGUCUCUUGUGAGCAUCCCAGUACCCUACCAGGAUGAUGCCCUGUGAACAGGGUGGCGCAAGCCAUGUGGGUGGUGGUGUAAGUACCUUGCCCAGCUGCCUCCUUGUUCUGUUGCAUAUUUCAUGCAGUACUUUUUAAAUAAGAACAGUUAAAUCCAAUUAAUUUCUAACCAAUCACAAUCUUCCAGCAUCGUGCAUUUGAUUUAAUUAUGUCCAUUUGUGUUGAUAGUGGGCUGAUGAAGAACAAUGACUUACAAGUCAGUAAGUCAUGCUUUAGUACCUCACCAUAUAGAGAUGCAUAGCAUAAGGAGAUUUUUUUUCAAAAGGCAAGGAUCUAUAAUGCCUCAUUUACAAAAAAAAAUGUUUACGUUUACCUAACUCAGGAAAUCCAGAGGCAUUUAAAAACAAAUUUUAAUGCGGUGUGGAAUACUGUUGUUAAAUAAUCAAAUGUAACAACCAAAUUCCAAACAGCAAGAUUCCACAAACAGCAAAUUAAACAAAUGAUCACUGUUGGUGCUGGUGGUGGUGGUUGAAAAAAUAAAUGUUGGCUAUGGAAACGUUACAAGGAAAACUCCUUUGUGCUUCUGUGUCAUGGGAUUUUCUCCAUGUCAGCUUCACUGUAACUUCACUUGCAAAGCACAGAAUCCCUGAUAACGUAGAACUUCAUCAAUACUGCACUGGAAGAGUCAGCCCAGCUGAUGUUCUCAAAUUUGUCAUGGACCUCGAGGUCACAAAGGUCUUACUCUAGUAAUAAAUGCUCCCAACUGAAACUUCAUCCAUGCUAUCAGUCCCAAUAAAUAUUUUACACUGUUUAGUCUCAGUUUUAAGUUGUUCUGGUUGCCAGAAAUAAAUUGGGUAUAACCUACAUUUAAAUAAUUGAACUAGGGAUUAUUUGUGGUGUUCAGUUCAUUCUUACAUAAUCAACACUAUUAUUAUAGACUAGCUGAUAACCUAGAUUGGGGAGUUUAACAACAACUAAAGUUCCGGAACUGUACUUUCAUGGCAGGCAAAUUAACUCAGUGAGGAGGUGAGAGAUGGGGUUUCCUGUAACUGAUGCAGCAUCUCUCUCAAAAAUGCUUACCAUCCUGUUGUAUGGAACUUCGUCCAAGUACUAAAGAGAACCCUUCAAAAGCUCCAUUGACUCCAUAAUUUAAAACUCAAAUAUCAACCUCCAGUGAGUGAAAUCAUUCAUUGGACAAAAAUUAAAGAAGGGGGAAAUAGUUCACUGUAGUUCUAGACUGAAUCUCUGCCCUGUGCAUCUUAGACUUCCUAAGAGUAUUGCCAGUUUUGAUAUAAUUGAUAAUAUAUUUGAUAAAUUGUUAACCAUUGGCUAUAAUGAAAAUCCAUUAUUGACGUUCUGUCUUUUCCAUUAAUUGUUAGUUAGGUUUAAAUUUAUGUGGGUUAAAUUCAGCUGUAUAGUAACCAGUUUUUAGAAGCUAAGCAGCUCUUGAGACUUCAAAAUGACCCAUAUACGUACAAAUAGAGGCUGUGUAGUGCAUAUCGGGGUACCGACUGCAACGUUAGUUGGCUUUUUCAGAGAAAACCAACCCCAUUCAAAAACAAAAAUUUUCUGGGACUUUUGACAGCAAGUCUCCCGAACUCUGCCACUGCUGGGACUGGUUUCCCAAUCUCCCACCUCUAAACUUUGACCCCAACCUGCUAUCUCCUUUCCUAUAUCACACGCUCAGUUCUGUUAGUGCUAUGGAGCAUAGGCUAAUUAUCCCUGUUCCUUUGUCUACUCUUUAUCGCUCAUGUGCAUGGACACAUUAAGUUCAGUACAGCAGACAUCUGAGUGUAGUUAAAAAGUUAUUUGACAAUAAAUUUAGAUACAGUUUAAAAAUGUGUAUUUGCUUCUAUUAAAUAAUUACAGAAACCAAAACACAGUCCAGGUUUUGGCUCCCAGCUUUUGUUAACAGCUUUAAGCAUCACUGUUUUUUACUUUGAAGAAGAGGAGCUGAAUCAUCCCUAAUGUCCUGGCCAAUAUGUUUUCCUCAGUCAACAUUCCAAAAAAUGUGAUCUGGUCAUAAUCAAAUUGAUAUGCGUCAGAGUUAACUGAGGACAAAAUUAGACAUUAUAACAGUGAUUAAAUAUCAAAAAAGCACUUCAUUGGCUGUCAUGGAAUCUUCCUCUUGGCACUGAGACAUCCAGUGAAUGUGAAAAGUUAUUUAGAAAUGCAGCUUUUCUUUCCUACUUUGGUAGGAAGCAUAUAAUUUUUGCAAAAAGUCUUAUUCAUCUCUUAAAUGUAUUUGUUUUAUUAUCACAAGAUGCUUUAUUAACCUGAUUAAUUGUGUUUAAUGUUUGGAACUAAAUAAAGUAUUAGUU